AUGGCUACUGCUGCUGCUGCCGCUGCUUCUUCUUGUGCUGUGAGCUUGCAUACUAGAACUUGGCGGUGUCGGUGGAAGAGCAGGAUGCCAGUGGUCGUGGCGCCCGAGAAGUGGGAAGCGGCGAUGAAGGUUCGGUCGUCGUCGCCGGUGGCAUCGACGGGGUGCGAGUUGGCGAGCAUUUGGAGGAAAAUCCAGGGGGCUGACGACUGGGCCGGUCUGGUGGAGCCGCUGAACCCGGUUCUGCGCGAUGAGGUGGUGCGCUACGGCGAGCUCGUUACGGCGUGCUACGAGGCCUUCGACCUCGACCGGGCCUCGCCCCGCUUCCUCCAGUGUAAGCACGGGAAGGAGCGGUUGCUCCACGAGACCGGCCUCGGCUCCGCCGGCUACGAAAUAUCCCGGUACAUCUAUGCGACGGGGCCGGACAUCCUCGGCGACGGCGGAGGGCGGUGGAUCGGGUACGUGGCGGUGGCGACAGACGAGGUGGCGCGCCGGCUUGGGCGCCGCGACGUGCUCGUGGCCUUCCGGGGCACGGUGACCAAGUCGGAGUGGGCGGCGAAUUUGAUGAGCUCGCUGACGCCGGCCCGGCUUGACCCGCACGGCCCGAGGCCGGAGGUCAUGGUCGAGUCCGGAUUCCUUACUCUCUACACCAAUAGCGACAGCCAGCGACGCAGGUUUAGCCACGGGAGCUGCCGCGAGCAGUUGCUGAAGGAAGUGGCACGGCUGGUGAAGAAGCACGAAGCAGAGGAGAUGAGCCUCACAUUGGCGGGACACAGCAUGGGCUCCGCCCUGGCGCUUCUUCUAGGCUACGACCUGGCGGAGCUGGGGCUCAACUGGAGGGCGGAGGCGGCGGUGCCGAUCACGGUGUACUCCUACGGAGGCCCGAGGGUGGGGAAUUGGUGGUUCAAGGAGCGGUGCGACGAGUUGGCCGUGAAAGUCCUGCGAGUGGUCAACGUGCGGGACCCGGUGACGAAGCUCCCGGGGCUGUUCCUGAACGAGAGCCUCCGGCGAUGGGGCGCCACAGCCAGCCAAUGCUACACCCACGUCGGGGUGGAGCUGGCGCUCGACUUCUUCGAGGCCAAGAACCCGGCGUGCGUGCAUGACAUGGCCAAGUACGUGGCUCUGUUGAAGUGCCGGCGCUGCAUUUCGGCCGGCGGUGUCGAUUGGGUGGGGAAGGCGGCGGUGUUGCUGAAGAAGAAGAUGGAGGAGCUGUCAUGGCUAUUUAGGAAAGUGGCCCAUUUGAUCAAUCAUUCCAGCUGCUCAUCUGAAAUUAAUUAUAAAAUUUAA